UAUCACAGUGAAACCCUGCUUCUACAUUAAUGCAUGAGUAAUAAUAAACCAAUGAUAUAACAUAUAACAGGGAGCGCUGUAUGCUCUGCGGCAGUAGCAGCAGUAGCAGCAGCGGUAGUUUUAUAGUUGUGAUCCAUGUGUCCAUAUUAUUAUAUAUAUUAUUACAGUGCGCUGUCCAUCGCCCCCUGCUGGUCGUCACAACGAACCACUGCACACCCUCCUCUGGCUCGCAGGACGAGUUGUCAUGGCAACUGUACAGCAUGUGCUUACAAAAACAAGAGCUUGACCGUCCGCCGACAGUUCUCUGCACACUCGACAUCUACGACGCCAUCUUCUUCCUCCAGCGUUCAGCGGAGAAGAGGACGGGAGGGAAGCCGAAGAGAGUCGACGAUGAGCGGAGCCAAAGCCCGCGGCGACGCGCCUGUUGCUGAAAAUGUCUCCGGCGGCGGGCACGGCACUGCGGCGGCUCCUCCGCGGGACCGCAAGCCCGGCGGAGGGGUUCUGAAGAGGCUCAAGUCCCGGAGGAGCCAGGUGGACAGCAGGCCCGUCACGGAGGAAGACCUGCGGACACAGAGUGGACACAUCACGCCGGAGGAUGUGUUGGGACUGCGGGUGGCUACGCGAGGGUACCUCUGUAAACCUGAGGACAAUAUUUAUAACAUCGACUUUGUACGCUUUAAGAUCAGAGACCUGGAGACCAGCACUGUCCUGUUUGAGAUCGCCAAACCCCCACAUACAGACGACGAUGAGGAGAACAGGGAGGCAGACGCCAGUGCGGGACGAUUUGUACGCUACCAGUUCACUCCAGCCUUCCUACGACUGAGGACCGUGGGAGCUACGGUGGAAUUCACAGUUGGAAACCGGCCUCUGAACAACUUCCGCAUGAUCGAGAGGCACUACUUCCGGGAUCACCUGCUGAAGAGCUUUGACUUUGACUUUGGCUUCUGUAUCCCAAACAGCCGAAACACCUGUGAGCACAUCUAUGAGUUCCCCCAGCUGUCUGAGAGCCUGGUCCGUCAGAUGGUGGAGUGUCCUUAUGAGACCCGGUCAGACAGCUUCUAUUUCGUCGAGAACAGACUGGUCAUGCACAACAAGGCAGACUAUGCUUAUAAUGGAGGACAGUGAUAUAUCCCUGCUAGCAUGCCAACACACACACACACACACAAACAUAAACAUGUGCAUGCACACACAUCUCCUCACAUUUAUAGAUAUACAUAUACACACAUGCAUGCAUACAGCUGAACAUUCAUACAGUGCAUUCUCUCAUACAUGCACAAGCAGCUACAGACACAGCUGAAUCGCCUCUUAUGUUUGUAAAGAUGAAGUCAUUGCGAUCAUUUUCAGGGGGUGUAUUUGAUAUUGCAGGAGGUCAAUAUCAGUUUCUGCUCUGAUGUACAAACAGGAAGCUUCUGUUAGAAAAUGGUUUAAAACUGGUUCAUUUAUCCAUUUUUAAUUAUGGAAAAAUCUGUUUUAAACCAAAAGAGGACUCAUUACUCUAGUGGCCAUUAGACACAUGUCUUAAACAGACUAAAUGGUUAUUCAAUUGACGGUUAGUCUCCUUUUAGCAAUUUUAAAAGUGUCCUACCACCCCCUCGAUACACACACACACACAUUCACGCACACACAUUCAAUCCCCAAGUGACACACAUAGUGUUUACACAGUGUUUGUCAGAGGCAGCUGCUCUCAGAGCUACCGCCUCCACAAUCCACUCCAGACAAUAUCGGGGGAGAAAGAGAGAAACCAUCCACAAAAACACUCCUGUCAAACACACAUGGUCACUCCUGUGAUCCCCUCCACAUCUCCCACCCCUCCUCUCUUGCUUUCAUAAACACACAGACACAUCAGCAAUAGUACUGUAUAAGAUUUUGAUCAAAGGUCUCUUUUUUGUCUGUUGAUAGCAACAUGGAAAUAGGUCAGGUGAAGGUUAACUGCGGUGUAACUGAAACCUUGAACUGUAACCAUUCAAAAGACAAUAACCUCAAAGUCAAAAAAUUUCUCAUGAGUUCAGAGAAUUAUCUGAUAUCAUGAUGCAUGUAAUGAUAUAAACAAAAAAGGGAAAAGAUUUUUUGAGAAUUUAUCUGGUAUUCACUGUGGAAAAAAAUGAAAAUGGUAAAAGUGUACUUGGUCCACUGAAAAGGUUUAAAGCCACAUAAAAUAUUUGUCCCCUGUUUAAUUACCUGUAUUUUUUAAUAAUUUAUUUGUCAGAUACGUUUCAAAAUCAAGUCGGAAUAUGUCUGGAAAUUGAGUGGUCUUUCUUCUAGCUAGAUAGUGUACUUCCUCUUUGUACUUUGUAAACUUUGGUGUUCGGGGUUAAAGGUAAAAAAAAAAUCUAUAUGUAUAGUUUGUAAAAAGUGAUCAAUUAAAAUAAAUGUACAU